AUGGGUCGGAAAUUAAGCAGGCGCCUCCGCUCCCCGCAUUGGUGGGCUCGGCCACGGCCCAUCCCAUCCCUUCCCACAGCAAAGUUCACUACCCCGAGCAUGGCCAGGGCGCUCGGGCGGUUCGGCCCGCUCUGGGCCGGGGGCAGGAGGCGACACCCCGGGAGCGAUACACUUACACAGCAGGAAUUGAAAAGCUCUUUCUCCAUGCAAGCAAAAAUGCCUCCUUGUGACUUUUCACCUGAAGAAUAUGAGUCCUAUUCCUAUGAGCGUAUGCUGAAGAUCCGCAAACAGAAUCUGUCUCCAUCACUGAAAAUGUACUACAAGAAACCACUGCUGCUACAUCAGGGACAUAUGCAGUGGCUGUUUGAUUAUGAGGGACGAAGGUACCUUGAUCUCUUUGCUGGAAUUGUUACUGUCAGUGUUGGUCACUGUCACCCGAAGGUAACUGCAGCUGCCCAAAAACAGCUUGGUCGUCUGUGGCAUACAACCAACGUCUACGUGCAUCCAUCAAUCCAGGAAUAUGUGGAAAAACUAACAGCACUUCUCCCUGAUCCACUUAAGGUGGUUUACCUGACUAACAGUGGGUCAGAAGCCAAUGAUUUGGCUAUGUUCAUGGCAAGGGUUUAUACUCGUAACUUUGACCUCAUCUGUUUCAGAGGAGGAUACCACGGAGCCAGUCCAUACGCACUGGGCUUGACGUCCAUUGGCUCUUAUAAGAAUGGUGUCGCCAAUGGGUUUGGCUGCCAAACAACAAUGUUACCAGAUGUUUUUCAUGGUCCUUGGGGAGGAAGCCAUUGCCGAGAUUCUCUGGUGCAAACUAUUCGGAAAUGCAGCUGUUCUCAAGGCUGUUGUGAAGCAAACGACCAGUACAUUGAACAGUUCAAAGACACUCUGAGUACUUGUGUGCCAAAGGCAAUAGCUGGGUUUAUCGCUGAGCCAAUUCAAGGUGUUAAUGGAGCCAUUCAGUAUCCUAAAAGAUUUCUAAAGGAAGCUUUUCAGCUAGUGCGUGAAAGAGGAGGCGUCUGUAUUGCAGAUGAAGUCCAGACAGGGUUUGGACGAACUGGCAGCCAUUUCUGGGGAUUUCAAACACAUGGUGUAGUCCCUGACAUUGUUACUAUGGCAAAAGGAAUUGGUAAUGGCUUUCCAAUGGCAGCUGUCGUAACCACACCAGAGAUUGCAAAUUCAUUGGCUCAGAACCUUCAUUUUAACACAUUUGGAGGAAACCCUAUGGCCUGUGUAGUUGGAUCUGCAGUUCUUGAUGCUAUUGCAGAAGACGGUCUACAAAAGAACAGCGAAGAAGUGGGGGCUUACAUGCUAUUGGAGUUUGCUAAACUGAGAGAGAAGUUUGAGAUCAUUGGAGAUGUCCGUGGCAAAGGCCUUAUGAUUGGGAUAGAAAUGGUGAAGAAUAAGGACAGUCGUCAACCUCUUCCAGAUGAAGAGAUGAGUCCGAUCUGGGAAGAUUGCAAAGACAUGGGAGUAUUGAUUGGCAGGGGUGGAAUUUAUAAUCAGACAUUUAGAGUUAAACCUCCAAUGUGCAUUACUAAACAAGAUGCAGCCUUUGCAGUGGAAGUAUUUCAUGCUGCACUAAUGAGACAUUUGGAAAGAACAGCUGCAAAUUAG